UAGCGUGAACACCUUGUUUCUUUGCUCCCGAAGGAGCAACGAGCGGCGCUCCUCACGAUGCUCAAAAACAGCUUCCGGCGUUGACCGACAGAAACCAACCGCCAUCCCAAUAAAACGACACUUCUCACUUCUCAACUUACUCCUUUAAGAGAUCGAAAAUAAAUCGAUUGACGGGAUGACGUAGCGAAGUUUGCAAAACUUUUAUCCCGCACGUCGCUUAGAAUGAAAGCGAUGCCGCAACAUUCGCGACGACCUUUAAGAGCAGUACUGUCGCACGAGUGUUUCCUCGACGGACUCGGAAUUGCGAAUCAGUAAAUGAGAACUGAGAACGGGAGUGAAGAACCGUGAAAAGUUGGUAGCUGCGCCCCAAACUUCGCCACGAAGUUCUGAGAUUAGCGGUGCCGGGCUUAUCGGCGAAUAUGGACUGAUGGGGGAAGCAGUGGGGAACGUGAGAGCUUGCAGGUGCGCACUUCCGGAUUUUGGCUUCCUCGCAUCUGACCACAUGAUGCUGCUGCUGUGAGACAGAGAAAGAGAGGGCUCUUCGGGUCUAUUCACUCCGAGAUGGAGACUCUUUACACGGGGGCGAUCCAUGGGUUCCCUAAGACCGGCGGAAUCGCCGGGGGAAUUGCCACGGGAAUCGCCGGGAGUCUGGAUCAGGACGGGGUCCUGAGUCUCAUCGUCGUCCUCGGGGGGAGCCUCUCCCUCGUGGCCCUCGUCUUCGCCUUCAUUACUUACAGCCUCUUUUCCGACCUGCGCAGCCUCGCCGGGACCACGCUGAUGAAUCUCCUGGCAGCGCUCUUCAUGGUUCAGCUCUUAUUCAUCGUCGGAGUUGGAGGGGUCCAGGACUCGGAGCUCUGCAUCUCUCUGGGACUGAGUCUGCAGUACGUGAGAGUUUCCGUGUUCUGCUGGUUAGCCGCGAUGUGCCAUCACUUCUACUCCACCGUGGCCGCCAUUCCGCGCUGCGACGAUCCCCCGACCUACCUCAAGUACAGUAUCUUCGCCUGGGGAGCUCCCCUGGCCGGCCUGGGCGUCGCGACGAUGCUGCAGAGCCGGGAAAACGACGACUUUUGGAACGUCCAGGAUUUAACGCCCUUCAACUGCUGGUUCCUCGGCACGAAAGCGACUGUUUACGCUUAUGGUCUGUCGAUCAUCCUCCUGUUACUCAUCUCGGGCUAUUAUCUCGUCCAUGCAGCUAUCGUCGCAAGGUAUACGUGCAGCAUGCAGCUCGAAGUGAAACAGCGGGAAAAGAUGAAGAAGAGACGAGCUUUGCAACUGGCACUCUUCCUCAAAGUCAGCCUGAUUAUCGGUGCAGUUGCAGGAUGCGGAGUUGCAGCCAGAGUAUGGAAGGUGCCAUUCAUGUGGGCCAUUUUCUGCACGGGACAUUCCCUUCAGGGAUUGAUAGUGGCCCUGGCGGUAGCUUGCAACUGCAGGGUGCUGAAGGUCUACGCAAGAAAAGCACACAAACAGACGAAUCAGCAGAUCGCCACGUCCUCGAGCAUGCAGCUAUUGGCUCCUCCACCAGACCCGGUCUAAUCGACUAAAUAUCAACCGAAAAUAAAAACGAGGAACCACGGAGACCGACCCGAUGAGAAUCUACCUACAAAUGGAAAGAGAUGCGCGAACGAAGAAACGGCAGAGAACCUCGGACGAGCCUUCACUAUUUUUACACCGAAGUUUUACUAAAGGAAAAUUUCUUUCGAGUCCCUCCCAAUCGCGAUAGUUCAUCCGACGAGUCGUUAAACGGUCCAAAGAAAUGGGGAAGAUCGAGGCUUUUUUUCUAAUCCUCGAAGGUAAAAAAAGAGGAAUCCACUCUCGAGUUGGUUUGCGAUAAAGUAAACGCUCUUCGAGGCUGGACUCGUCGUUUGCGGAGACAUUGGAAAUGCAAGGAUAGAGAGAGAGGGGACUAAAUAGAAGUCGUAUCUGUGUAUUAGUGGAGUAACAUAUCAGAGUAGAGUAGAUAACCGUUCACUCUUUGCUCUCAAAGAACGGAUCCUGGUCGUCCUUCCUUGGACCGAAGUCCUCGGGGAGGACGAGCAGGAGAAAGGAAAAGUCAGGAAAGUGCACGAUGAAAUCGAAGUGCUCCUUGGUCCAGGAGCUCUUUUUGCGGGUCCUUUUCCUGGCGAGGAAAAGGAGCCAGGAUAUCCGGGAAUGCAGGAUCUCGCGUAUCGUAAAUCAAGGGAAAUCAUUGCACGCUGAUAUCAUUCCAAUGAUUCGAAAUAGUGAUCCCGAGAUCAGGAAGAAUCUGCCAGGAUUAAUUGUUAAAUGAUUAACCGCGAGCAGAUCUUUUCUUCGGGUAAAUCCUUCCGAGCACCCUACAGGAAAAUUAAUCGUAGAUCAAGAAGGACAAAAAAUGUCUAAAUUUACUUAGGAGAUGUAUUGAUUUAUUUUGAUAGUGUAUUACGGAAAAUCGAGGUUAUUAAAUCGGAGGAUUAUCCUCGUAAUUAAAUAGUAGGUCGACCCGCAGAAAGGUAAAAUUGAGGGAGGGGAAAUGCACCAUGAAAUUGAAGUGCUCCUUGACCUCGGAGAACGUUUUGCGGAUCCCUUUUGAGGGAAAUGAAGGAUCGCUCAGAGAAAAAAAAAAUGAGUCGUGAAGUAAACGUCAGCCCCUAAAAAGGAUAUGAUACACAACUAUGGAAAGAAUAACUUGACAAAUGGUAACUUAACUUAAACUUUGUUGCCGAUCGUAUACCCUUUUCAGGAACUGGCGUUUAUUUCGCAACUUUUGCGAUUAUGUUAAACCCUACUUUUUCCCAGUGCAGGAUAUUUAGAAAAACGGGAACUCGCCCUAUCUGCGAUACGCGAAUUCACUGAUUAUCGUUAUCAUUUAAGUCGCUCGAAAAAUCAAGAUAAAUCUAUCCACAUUAAUUGUUAUUGAUUGUUUGCGGAACAAUUCCUUUCAUCGAGAUAUACGUGAAGCUGGAUAAGAAGAUCCUUCCCAUUGUCCUAUCGAUAAUCGGACAAAUCCUAGAGACGCAAAGAACUGCUGUAAGCGAUUACACGAAAUUCCGUAAUUUUAUCAUACAUCCACACGUGUACUGGAUAGUGAAUAAA